AUGACGACCCGCCGCCGCUUGCCCCGCCAACAUAGCUCUCUCUUCCCACCGAUACCCGGGCCAACCGCCAAACUGUUAGCGCUCGCCUACCUCUGCCUCCUGCCCUGGUCCAGCGCACAGCAGGCUACGCAGCCCCCCACCUCGCCCAGCGCUUCAUCCUCGGCCACCUCGUCACAGACGCCCACCAGCACCACGCUAUCGCCGGCCACGGCGACCCCCGUCGCGCUCAACGACUCGUCCGUCGUGCGCGCGCGCCUCAACCUCAAUGCCACCACCGGCGCCUUUUUCAACUUCACCAUCCCCGCAUCCGCCUACGCCUCCGACGACACCGUACGCACCUGGGUUUCGCUCUCCCUCUGCGACGGCCCCGACAUCCCCCCCUACAACCUCACCGAAAACACAAAGCCCACCAAGAAGCUCCUCAAGAGCCUCGGGAUGAGUGCGGAUGAAGCCCGGGCCUCGACAAACGUCGCCAUCUACGCCUCGUCGGACCCAGACACCCAGCGGCCUGGGCCCGACAGCUCCGGCCUGCCAGCGAGCUGGAAGAGCUAUGCCGUCGGCGGCUGGGCCUCGCUCCAGCUCGACGUUCGUCAGAGAGAGGACGACAAGGACCAGCCCAUCUGGCUCGGAGUAUGGCCACCCGUCGACACCCGCAACCAGACCACCGGCGUAUACGAGAUGCAGCUCGUCGCCAGCACGAUCGCCCAGCUAGAGGCGGUCGACGAUUCGCUGCGCGGACGGCUCGACGACACCGACACAACCAACGCAAUGUUCCUCUCCUCGCCCUAUACCACCAAGCCGGCGCCCAACCUCACGGCCAUCGUGCUGCCCUCGGCGGGCAGGUACUCGCUCGCCACGGUCUCGCACUUCAACUCGUCGUUCUGCGCCAUCCAGGACGCCUGGGGUGCGCUCCAGCGCAGCCCCAGCCGCGUCACGGUCAAGACGUCCGAGACGGAGCGCUUCACGGCGUACAACAACGUCACCGACGACUUCCGCACCCAGUUCCUCGUCAGCGGGCUGCAGCCGGGCACCAACUACACGACCUGGCUCGUCCAGACCGAGGCCAUCAACAACGACCCGGCGCGCGGCCUCACCUACACCCUCUACCCGUCGUUCAAGAUGCAGACCAAGCGCAACGACUUCUGCCGGCUGGUCUACGACGUCGACUUCUGCCCCAACGUCGCCUACUCGAUCCCCGUCAGCCCGGACGUGUCGACCGAGUCGGCGCUCGCCACCAUCAACCGCACCGUGGCGCCCAACUACUCCAACUUUAGCGCGCUCGUCGACACGUUCCCCUGCGGAGACUCGCUGUUUGGCAUGUACUCGUACGUGCAGAGCUGCGACACGUGCAAGAGCUCGUACCUCGACUGGCUGUGCGCGGUGACGAUGCCGAGGUGCACCGACAGCCUGUCGGAUCCGCAGACGCAGUCGCGUGCCAGCCAGGACGGCCGCAGCCUGACGGGCGCGCCGACGGGCGAAAACGUGGACCUGCUGCCCUACGUCGUCAACCGCAACGCCACAAACUCGAAGCGCAGCUACAUUGGCGACGAGCUGGGCGCCGGCAGCUACGGCGAGGUGCUGCCGUGCAUCUACAACUGCUACUACGUCGAGCGGACCUGCCCGCCGAUCCUGGGCUGGACGUGCCCGGCGUGGGACGUGACGGCGCAGCGCGACUACGGCACCUUUGCCGACAGCGGCGACGAGGGGAUUGGCGCCGGCAUGAAUGGCGGCGCCGGGCUCGACGGCUCGCGGUUCGGCGGACCGGAGCGUUAUGUGUCGGUCGACGGUUUCGGCAACGCCUUUUGCAAUGCGCUCGGCGUCGACAUCCGCCUGCGCGAGUCGAACUCGGCCCGCACGACGGCCGCAGCAGCAGCCAGCCGACGGUCGUUGCUGCUGCUCUCGACGCUGGUCGUCGUCAUCCUGGCCGCCUUCUAG